GCGGAGCAUGCACGGCAGUCGCAUUGUGGCCGCGCGCCGGGUCGCACGUGUUUCGCGUUAUGGUGUCCGUAGGGCCGUGGCGGCGCCGCGCGCCGGACGACGACGACCGGUCGGAGCCCGGGGCUUCCAGCUCCGGCGUGCCGCGCGCCCCGCCGAACUGCGCGCGUUGUCGCAACCACCGGCUAAAAGUGGAGCUGAAGGGGCACAAGCGCUAUUGCAAGUACCGGUACUGCAACUGCGAGAAGUGUAGACUGACGGCGGACAGGCAGAGGGUGAUGGCGCUGCAGACCGCGCUGCGGCGUGCUCAGGCUCAGGAUGAAGCUAGAGCGCGGGCGGCGGACGCAGGGCUCCACCCUCCCGGGAUCGAGCUAGAUCGGCCUGAACCGCCAGUGGUGAAAGCGCCGAGGAGUCCCGUGAUCCCGCCGCCGCCGCCGCGCUCCAUGGGAUCGGCGAGCUGCGACUCCGUUCCGGGAUCGCCCGGUGUAUCGCCGUAUGCGCCGCACCCGCCGUCCGCUCCGCCUCCGCCGAUGCCGCCGCUCCCGCCUCCGCAACCAGUGGCCCUGGACUCCCUGGUAGAAAACUGCCACAAGCUGCUGGAAAAAUUCCACUACAGUUGGGAGAUGAUGCCGCUCGUGCUGGUCAUCCUCAACUACGCCGGCUCCGACCUGGAGGAGGCCUCGCGGAAGAUUGACGAAGCCUCCUGGGUGGUGCACCAGUGGCGGCUGUACGAGCGCUCACUGUGCUCGCUGCUGGAGCUGCAAGCGCGCAAAGAGUCGUUUUGCUGCUCGCCGCGCUAUGUGCUGUCGCGCGAGUACGCGCCGCACCUGCCCGUGCCGCUCAUGCGCUCGCCGCCGCCAGCGCACUUGUAGCCCCACACCGCGCCGCGACAAACGGCGCACGAGCCCACUGAGCCAUCUACUUCGGCCAAACCCGAGUAGGCCCGAGGCCGACCCGAGGCCGACCCGAGCCCGACCCGAGAGGACCCGAGUGGGCUAUUCCGGACUUUACCUAGUUUUAUAUGUGCUAUACGUGUUACAACACGCAUAUUUGUAUAUUAUCACGGACAUUAAGUUGGAGAGUGGUUACCUUAUCUUGUUAACCCGGUCCUUGAAGUAAUUAUUCCCAGAUAUAUUAAGAAAACCAGUGAAUACUUUGCCUGAUGUAUAAUGAACAGUUGUUAAGCAACCAUGAGAAUUAUGGUAUUUCUUGUGGACAUGUUGCAGCUAGAAAUUUCAUAUCAUCGGUAAUAAAAUUUAACCACACUGUGGUUUGGCGGAAAACCACAUUGUUUGUAAUAUUGAAUAAACAUAAAAAAGGAAGUAACUAUAAGAUCAUUUUCACAAUGUCUGAUCCCAUAUCGGGUGUAGGUAUCCACAAUAUCGGGACGCGGGGUGUACUUGGCGCGCUGCUUCAGCGGUCACGCACAGAACAGCAAACAUUAUACACACAUAUAUACGCACACAAACAAAAAAUAUCGGUCCGACAUUUUUAAUUUUGACGACAUUAUUAAUGAGCAAUAAAGAUAUUUUUAAAUCGUGGCAACACUGAAUGGGCCCUACGGAAGACCAGCGCUGGCUUCAUGCUGAGUUGGGUCAAUUUCGUGAUCCGCACUUAAUGUUAUGUUCUACUGUUUUUGUUGCCUGUACAUGUUCGUAUGUGUUAAUAGUGACUGUCACGAAUAAAUGUAUUUUAUCUUAUCUUUAAAAUGAAUAAGUUAAUACAGAAAACCACAUUAUAUGUCAUACAUUUUACUUGCAUCCGAUAUAGGAUUGUACAAUGUGAAAACGCUCUUAAUGGUGCGGUAAAGUACGGCCCAGAAAACAAUUUUACGCCGAGCCGAAGGCUAGAUACCCGGUUUUGAAACUAUAAGGCACCGUCAUGACUGUAAUUGUAAUUAUUAACAAAACGCCCUUUAGAAAAGAUCAAUGUUAAUAGUGAUUGCUUAAUGGCCUGGUCCAGUGGCGGGGCAAGACCAAAAUUUUAUGUGGGCAAGGUACAUUAAGCGAGGCCCUCUGGUGGCGUAAGAAAUAACGAACAUUUUUACGUGUGUCCGAGAUAUAAGUACUUAUUUGAGGCGCGAGGCCCCUCGGACUGCGAGGCCGUAGGCGGUGGCCCACGUCGCCGACGCCGAACGCCGCCUCUGGCUUGGUCUCCAGAAUGUAUAAAAUAAACAAGCGCAGUUUUAGAAAAUAUUUUCUGCAUCAUUCAUUUUAAAAAUAUUUAAGAACAUGAUAUAAGUACCAACCACAGUGUGGGGAUACUGUAUUAUCAUCGAUUGUAUGAACUAUUCAAUGGUCACCUUUCCAAGUCGGCGAAAACUACGCGAUUGCGAGUAAAGAGAACAUUAAUACCAUGUUUAAUUUGCAAUAGUUUUUUUUUUACAGCAACACAAUGUCGAGACACCUGUCAUACUUACAUAAACUACGUGUAAAAGCAUAAAUGAAUCAUAAUGGGUGAUUCCCGUUUCUUAUUCGUAAAUACGAGUAUAAUAUAGGUAUUUGUAUUUAUGUUAUAGCAACCGCAAAAGGUUCCUUUUGGGCAUCCGCUAGCACGCGCGUGUGUACGGAGCGGGCGAGUGGGUUAACGAAAAAUAGUAUGAGCGCCGCUGACGCGGACGCAUGCGGUUUUUACGUCUACAAUUUCACCCGCGCGCGCGCCCGCGCUGGCUAACGUUCUUUGACAUGGAAACCGAUGUUUUUCACGAAAGUUAUUCACGAGUUAGAAACGGGAAUCUGGUUUUGGGGAGUAAGUGUUGAAUUUGUGUUAUGUUUGUCACAUUAUUUUAGGUCUUAAUACCAUACCAAUCAAAAAUUUCUUCCAAAUGUUUAGUUCUUAUAGAUUUAUCGGGAAUGGCCAAAUAUCUUUUGUUGUUUACAAACGAAAAGUAACUUAACUACAUAUUUAUUUUGACAAUCUAUAUCUAAACCAUACACCUUAGUUUAUGUACCUAAUAUUUCAUUUAAAAUGCAUUGUUUUAUCAAAAAUAGGUACAAAACAUUCAAUAAAUUCCACUGGCCUAAGUACACAAAAGGUUACAUAUAUCACAUACAAAUAAGAAGCCUGAAAAUAUUACACUCCGUUUUUGGACAGUCGUAUAAAAAUACGUAAAAUGUACAUAUUUCCACCACAUUAUUAGUUUGUAUAAAAGAAGAAACUUUAAAAACCGUACACUGAAAAUAAUAAUUGGCCAAACUCAUUGUUAAUAAAGAAAUCAAUUUCUCUUGAAAACUAAUUCUGUACCUAACAGGUACCGUACCACAUAGUUCGCAAGUUAGUUGUGUAAGUAGUAACAAUAGUUAUUUGUUUUACAAGGGGCAAAGUUGUUGUUUGACCGCUCGUGCCAAUAUUGAUACCCGAGCAAGCGAAAGAUUCCAAAAUUGAACCACGAGCCUAGCGAGUGGUUCGAAAAGUGAAAUUUUGAUCGUUGCGAGGGUUUGAAGGCACGAAGGUUAAACAAAUUUUUCCAUCAAGUGAAACACUACAUUUUUCACCACACCAAUGUGACGAAAAUACUAACCGUAAAAUAUCGAACAAAAUCAAAUCCAAAUAAACGUUAUUCAUCAAUCAAAAUCAUCCAAGCCAACAAGGAAACAACUUAAAAUUUGCAUCAGAUUACUUUGCCUCACAUGUGGCUAAAACGCAACUUUCUCAUCAGUUUUUGAACAAUCAAGAGAGCCUUUACCAGCUGGUGUGGUGUAAAAUAUUUUGUUACUUUUAUGCAAACAUUUCUCUCAGCGUAGUUUGAAAGAUGUACCGGAACAUAGAUAGUACUCCAGCCAAGAACCGUUAAGCAAUUAAUAUAGCUAUUCCACACCCCUAAUGUAAUAUAUAAAGCAUGAAAUAGGGGUUGGAACGGGCGGGACCCAACACGCUCCUCCCACUUGUAGUCCGCAUAAAUGUAGUGCCAACAGCAUCCAGCUCGAUUUUAGAAUAGCCAUUUAUGAUACUUACAUUUUUUUUUGAUAAACAUGUUAUAGAAAUAACUUUGUCUCUACGGAAAAGCAGUGCGACCGAAGGAGAAGUCUAAGCAAAACCACAUCUGAAAAUGAAAUAGCUCCUACUAUUUACGAUACACGCGCGGAAAGUAGGAAAUUCGCAACAAGUGGCGAUAAAUUAAAACACGACCGAAGGGAGAAAGAUAUACGAAGUUAAACUAAAUAAAAGCAUGUAAAAAUGGUUAAGAGACCGAUAUCUACUAUAUAUUAGCCAUAUUUGUCUGAAAGCUGUUCUGAUGGUUAUCAGAGUAUGGGGCCAAAUGUCCAUGAUUUCUCAGAAACCCUACUUUUCAAGCAUACGAGUACUUGGGGGGUCAAAACGGUAGCCUUUAAGGUCUAUCAUUACCCAGUUGAUUUAUUGAUCGAGUUUGAUUACAUACGUGAAAACGAUCCGAAAACUAAGUGGGUACAAUACAAGACAUUUACAGGUUGAGCUAAAAAUACGUUGACAAAUAUUUUUUUACUAACGCAAUUAGUGUACGAAAGCGAAACGAUAGGGAUCCCUUUUGCACACUAAAAUUAUCUUUUCACCACACCAACAGGUAAAGGCCCUCUUGAUUGUUCUAAAACGAAUGAGAAAGUUGCAUUUUAUCCACAUGUGGAGCAAAGUAAUCAGAUGCAAAUUUUGAAUUGUUUCCUUAUGUUAGCUAGUAGAAUUGACUUUUAAAUGAUGAUUUUGAAUGAUUAUUUAUUUACUACGUUCUUUUGGAUUUAAUUUCAUUUGAAUUUUUUGGUAUUUCAUAGUUUGUAGUUUCCUCGUGUUGGUGUGGUGAAAAAAUUUGUUUCACUCGGAGGCAAAGUUUGUUUAACCCUCGUGCAUUGAAACCCUCGCAACGCUCAAGAAUCUUUCGCUUGCUCGGGUAUCAAUAUUAGCACGAGCGGUUAAACAACAACUUUGCCCCCUUGUAAAACAAAUAACUAUUAAACGUCACUAAACAUGUCACAAACAGAAACCCAAGUCUAAAAAUAAACUACACAAUACGAGUUAUUCUCACUAGUUACCACUACCACCAACUGGUGGGAAUAACCGAAAAUACCAACAGAAUAGAUGAUGGUAUUAAGAAUCCGCAGUAAGCUCUGCCGAACUUCACCUUCCCAUACAAACGGAGUUUCGUUCUCAUUUUAUAACCACGUGUUGCAUUCCAAUGAAACUUUACACAUAUCUAUGCCUGUAAUUAGUUUAUAUAGCUCCAGCUUACAAAAUAGAGCAAUAACAAGUUUUGUAUAAAAACUUAAAUACGCUGUAUUUUUUUACUAUGGUGUCUGAAGCUACAUUAACUAAUUACAGACAUAGAUAUAGCUUAUUCUAUUGUGUAUUUAAGUACAAAGUUUCAUAUCAAUCUAGCUAGUCGUUUUAAAAUGAGAGCGUAACUACGCUUGUAUGGAGAACCGAGUUGACUGCGGAAUCUUUAAUAUAUAUUUUUAACAGGUUCUGGGAAAGAAAAUACUACUAGUAAAUGCCGCAAAUCAUUCCAUCCAGUGUCGUCCGUUUUGUAGUGUCUUAAGAAACACACUUUUUUGCCUCCCGCUUUACCUUUGGCGUGUAUUGAUGUUUAUUUUUAACCGACUUCCAAAAAAGGAGACUCAGUUCGACUUUUUCAUGGUACCGCUUGAGAUCUUCUUUUAUUCGCAGAUUACAAAGUUUUUAAAUCUUAAUUUUUUUAGUAUAUGACUGGAAAACGUAAAAUUAUAAGAGUUAAAUAUAGCUUCGAAACCGUGUUCCUAACUUAGGGGAUCCUAGGGAAAUUAGAGCCUAUUAAGGAAUGUAAUCCGUCUACAGCGAGACAAUUAUUUUGUAUAAGUUUGAUGGGUAUGUUGGUAAUGCCUUUUUUAUAUUUUUUAUACAUAUUAUAAAUUAAUUAAGAUGUUUAUAAAUUAUGACAGGCCUUAAACCAAGUUUUUUUUUCAGUUUAAUUAUCAGGAUAACUGAAUAUUUAUUGUACAUUUUUAGAUUGGUGUGGUACAAUGCUUAGGUACAUAGCGAAACUGUGAAAUGUGAAUCGUUAUUGUCGUUAUCGUGUCCAACGUUAUUGAAAAUAUGUAAGUUAUAUAUAUAUGAUCUCUAAUUGAUAAUUAUUUGUUUUUUAAAUGUACCUAAUACUGUAUGUAAGAAAUUUUUUAAAGAUAUUUUAGUAGUUAUUAUUUUCAUAGAAGUAGGUGACUAGUCAAAAUUUGGGCUAUAAACCAUAUAUUAUGUUGUCAAUCAGUUGCGACUGGAACUAGAAGCACAAAACAUUUACAUAUAUUUUUAUAUUGUACACACAUUAAGAAUACAACAGUUUUCAAUAACGACUACCACUAUCUGUAUUUGCUUUAGGCCAGAAUUACAUUUGUAAGUUUUACUUACAUAAACAUAGAUUUUAUUAUAUGCUGCAGUGGCAGCAUGGUUUCAUUUUUAUCACUUGUCACUAUGCCCGUCACUUUCGCGCUUACAUACCUGUUAGAACGUGACAGGCAUGGUGACAAAUGAUAAAGAGCCGACCAUCUUAGCCCUACUGAUAUACAGAAUUUAAGAGGAGUAAACUGAUAGCAGCAGCAUUUACAUUUUUCAUUCAGGCAUAUUUAUGUUAAAAUACCAUUUAGAAUGCCACGAAAAUAAAAGUUACUUUAAGUGAUAAAAUAUAAAAUGUAUGAGUAAACGGUAAUUUCAAUUCGGUAAUUUCACGAAAAAUACGUCCACCACGGCCACGGUCAGAUUUCUCCUUCUAAUUCUGUAAAUGAUAUUAUGUAUUUAUUGAGAUAGCAUUCGAAAAACCUUAAUUCGUUAUCUACGUCUCGAAUAUAGAUAUAUAGUUGCGUUAUUAGUUACGUAAAAUUUACAAGUGUAGUUUCGGCCUGUAACGUACCCAAAAAACCGGCCAGUGAAUGUAUGAAGCUACCGUCCAGUAUAUACUUUUCAUUUAACUGAAUCGUUGUAAAAAAUAUAUCUAACUACUUAAUUUACCGUAUACACGAAAAUUUGAUAACAACCACAGUAUUGUCAUAACGAUAGAAUUAAGUCAAAAUAUGGAGGAGUAAAUUACUAAAGAUUAUUAUGUACUUUUUUUAAUUGCUUAAUUCGUAAGUCGAAUCAUUACGGGAUAGCGCAUCUUAGUUUUUAUAACACUAUUAUUAGGCUAUUCUCGUAAUAAUUUACUCCUCUCAAUAAGAGCUUACAUACAUAAGAAUGCCAACCGGAAUUGUCGGUCAUUCAUAAUGUAAUGCUAUAUGCAAUGAAGAUGAAUAGCUGGCUACACACACAUUUAGAAAAAGUAUGGAGAUAAGAGUUCUUAAUUUAAAAUGGCACUGACGGUUAUAAGUUACGAGUGAGUGUGCCUGAAAUCGUCUAAAGCACCGCGGAACUAUGUGAUGCUAUAUUUUCAUCGCUCUGACAUCAUCGAAUGCCUGGUAACUCAAAUUGACCCAAGCAGUGUUUGGUAAUUACUUAUUAAACUUUGCUUGGUUUCCGCCAUAGUAAUAUGAGAAACAAAGAUCAUCUCUCCCGACAGUCCAACUUUCCCAGUUAUCCCUUGGAUCUUUUAAAAAUAGAACUUUGACUGCCUAUUUCGGCAGUUGAGAUGUAUUUAACAUUUAUUAUGACAUUAAUUUACCUACUAUCAAUAUGUAAAUAUCGUGUACAUAACUAUAUGUAGUAUUUAUAGGUGACAUAGUUGGGACUAUGUGUUUAAUUAUUGGUAAGGACUGAAGCGUAGAUUUACCCAUUUUUAGUUUUAGUACUGUAAAGAACAGAAUCCUAAUAACUUAUAAGAUUUUCGGUAGAUAUAGGUUAUGUACAUAGUUAUACAGGUGGAAAAGUUAGGGCGGGAAUAUUUUAAAUGCUUAAGAAAUUAAAAAAAGUUCUUUUUUAUUUUAAAAAGGCAUUUAGGGUAGUUCUCUAUCGUCGAAUUUAUUUCUUUAUCAUUAAUAGAUUUCCACCUUGUAUCCAACUAUUUGUUCGUUUUAGUGCACUGAAUGGUUAUUUUGACAUUUUGACGGUUUAUAUGGUUACUUUUCACAAAAGUAAAAAAAGAAGUAAAGAUGGUUGCUUGCGCCGGUCAAUUCCACACAAAAUCUGAAAUUAUCACAAAUCAUUAUCUGAAAUUUCGCAUUUUUACUAAAUGUUUUUAUGUUAUUACUGUCUUAUUUUGUUAAUCACUUUAACUUAUUUGCACCAACACUAAAAAUAAUGAAUAUAGUUCUGCCAAAUAAUCUGUUAGUAGAAAAGGCACGAAAAUAAAAUAUCAAGUUUGCGCCUUUUCUUACUUACACUAAAUCUCAAAAAAAGAAUAAUUCCAUAUAAUUCAUUUCUAAAUAACAUAAAUAAACAUGACGCAGACUUGGACACGCCAAAGUCCAUUAAGCUCUAAGAUAAAGUUAAAGCUUUUUGACAUUGUGUUCGCUCUUUACUUGUAGCGCGUUUGCCGCCUAACCGGGUUAUCAUACUGGCGAGCGAGCAUGACAGCGUUACCUACAUACAUACCGCUGUCCCGCUCGCACACCGGAGCGGUAUGCGGUUCCGCCCCCAAUAUUCUAUCACUAGCCACUGACAAAUGUAUGAAGAAUUGGUGACCAAUUUUUCAAAAAUGUUUUUAAUUUGUCAACUUUUCUGUGAAGUUCUCAUUCGAAGUCAACAAAGACAUGUUAAACUGUAAUAUUUUUUAUUUAAGACAUUUAAUGACUAAUCCGGCCAAAUACAGUGGCGUCACAAAUAUUGUGAUAUUUAUCCUAAUAUAAAAAAAUCUCCUUUGUCCAAUUCGUCAGUCCAUUAGGGUUUUAAAAACUAAUUUUACGCUAACUUUAAUACCUAAAAGCCAAAGUUUCUAGUAGCGCUUUCCUUUAUGGAGUAUUUUGUAAAAAAAAAUCGUCCGAUAGAUCGAACGUAUUCGUCCUAAAAUUACAUUUUAAUCUUCUUACCUGUAAAUUUAACUAGUAUAGUAAUCUUAGCAUGUAAUUCAAUUUUAAGCGAAAGUCCAUCACAGUAGAUUAUGUAAUUUAAUUUCUAUUAUAUGUGUAAGUUAGUUUUAAGUGUUUCAGAGACGACAGCGACAUCUAUUUAAGAGAGAACAUAACAUUUUGUACAUUAACUACCUAUUCCGUAGCUAACGAGACUUUCUUUUCAAUAUGUGCAAUAGUUCCUCUAUCCAUUCAUUCACUGUAUUACGCGUACAUGAGUAUGCGAAUAGAAACGGAAGUCUCUUUCUAACAUAUAAUGCUGUUAUAGUCUGGCCAGCGUGUCGCGUCACAAGCAAUUUUUAUCAAAAUAAAAAAACUUCUACAUAUUUAUGUGGCAACAUUUUUGCCUAGGUGUCAAAUGAGCUGUCAGGGGGCCUACCGCAAAAACUGAAAUUCGCAAAUUGCGGGGAUUUUUCUCUUUUGAACUAAGACGUAAUUAGAGUGACAGAAAAAUGCUCGCUAUUAUUAUAGCCCAGGUUCAAGUGGUCAUUUCAUUUUAUAGUAAUUUUAUUGCCAAGAAAGUCUUUUUUGGUUUAUCGUGUUUUUCGUGACAUGACUCUUGCCAAAGUCUAGAACGAGAUUAGAGUAGAACCAAGCUAACUGCAUAGGAUUUGACAAAGUGUGAAAGUGCCACUGUCAGCAUUACACGUCAAAGUCCUAUGAAAAUACGAAGUUUUAUAGUGGAUUUAUCACACUUUGUUUUUCAGCCUGUGAAGAGUAGGUAGCUAAAACGCUUCACACACCUUACUUAAUUCUGUAACUGACGACAAAGAUGCAGCUAUACAUUAGACGUACUACUCGUACGUGUAGCUGCAUCCCUGCCGUAAGUUACUGAAUUAAUAAUAAUAAUAAAUCUUUGCUUUAAACCUUACAUUUUAUAUACAAUUCAUGAACAAUAAGAAACAGGUGUAUAAGGUUUGUAACAUAUCAGGUUUUAGGUUUGAGCCUCUGCCUCUCGAACUAGGUCAAAGCCUAUGACUCUGGAUACAGUGAUUCCUCCUAGGUGUGCUCUCGAUUUGGUAACAAUGGUAUAAAUCAAAUGACAAAAAACUAAUAUAAAAAAAGAGAAGUAAGCCAACUACUAACAGAUAUGUGUAAGUAUGUGUGUACGACUAGGUCAGUACCUACUUGCGCAUGUUCGCAAGUUCAUUAAAUAAGGUGUGUGAAGUGCUUUAAAUGGACUCAUUUAAUGAUUUAUAAAAUAGCCCCUAAAACUAUGUGAGGCAGCGGAGCGGUGCGUGGUAGCGUUCCCAUUGGUGCGCGCGUUCCUAUUAGCGUUCUUAUUGGUGGAUUGUUUCAUCGCACAACGCUCUGAGGCUCUACCGCGAAAAACGGAAUUCCUUUAUCUGCCUCUCUAUCACUCUUGCAUAUUCUAGUGCUAGAGAGGCAGAUAAAGAAAUUUCGAGUUUCAUUUUUCCCGGUAGGCCCUCUGGCACCUCGCUACACUCUAGGGGAAACCUGGCCCUAAAUGUGCAUAGUUCAAAGGGUCUACCGCGAAAAUCGAGAUUUCGUUAUUUGCCUCUCUGUCGCUCGAAUACUUAUGCAAGAGUGAUAGAGAUAACGAAAUUUCCAUUUCCGCGGUAGACCCUUAGGAUUUAGUUCGUCUUUAAUUUAAUAUACUUAUUCCUUUACGUAACGAAAAAUAAACAUCAUUAUUAUAUUUGUUUUAAUUCUUAAGUUUCAUAACACGAUUAAAUCAAUUACAGUGCAGACGAAUUUAAUUCUUAACUGUGUAGAUUUUCUUCCUAGCCAGUUGGCCGUGAUAAACCGAGCGAAAUAAGUGUAGUAAAAUUUGUACUGAGGGGCUACCGCGAAAACCGAAAUUCGCAAAUUGCGGUAAUCUUUUUCAUUUACUCCAAUGAAGGCGUAAUUAGAGUGACCGAAAAAUGCUCGCAAUUGACGAACUUCGAUUCUUGCGGUAGGCCCCCUGGAGCGCUUGUGUGGCGACCUCGAUUGUCUUAUGUACUCUAUCUAGCAAUUUGCCAGUUGGGCAAAUUAAGUGUUAAAAAGAGAUGGGUGUUUUUCUAGUGACAUUGCUGCCUGGCUAGACUAUACCAGCGCUGCCAUCUCUUUAUGAGAACAUUCAUCAAUAUUUCAUCAGUUGACAACAAGAAUUCACUAAAACCUAGAGACCCUAAGCACGAAGAAUUUCGCCUGUUAUAGUGCUCCCCACAUUGGCUGUUAUACAAUGUUAUAUAACAUCGUGUGACAGGGACAACAUAAUAAAUUACUAUAAAUACUAUCAUGAUGUCUUUGUUACACGAUGAUGUAAUUUUAUAACAACCAAUGUGGGAAUCUCAAUCGCACGCGCAUAAUAUGUAAUGUUAGUUUGAAGGUAUUUAUUUAUGGGCCACUAGUUGCUUGAAAUAAAGAUUUUAAAUUCAUAAUUAUAUUGCUGCCCCGCUCGCACAGUGCAUGAACAGUAUUAUAAUUACACGCGUGCGAUAGAGAGAGUGAGACCGACGCAGGCUGCGGGAUGCAGCGCUCCGCCCGUUUUAACAAAUUUAAUAGUGAAUUUUAGUUGUCAAUCGGCGAUGGUUUUUUACAUUGUAACAUACACAUUUCUUUUUUUUAAUAAAUAGCAUAGCCAAUCUGAUAUUAUUGCUAAGUAUGUAGCAUAAUUUAUAGGGUAAAUGUGACCAGCAUCGUACCUAUCUCAAGUAACCAACAAAUCUAGUUGUACGAAGUUUCAUUCUGGUAAAUUGUAUUAGGUACAAAGAAUGUGAAAAUUAUAUUUAAAAUGUUUUCUCUUAUUCAAUAAAACGAUUUUUUCGUUUA